GCAGACCUGCUCCCAGCUUCAGGUGGUGAGGAGAUGACCAGGGGAUUUCUGCAGGAGCUGGUCGACAUCUUGUUCGGUUACAUCUGCAGGUCCAGUCAGAGGAGCUCCAAGGUCCUGGACUUCCACCACCCUCACCAGCUGAAGGAGGGACUGGAGGGCUUCAGCCUGCACCUGCCCGAUCAACCAGAGACUCUGGAGCAGAUCCUGGUGGACUGUAGAGACACACUGAAGUACGGCGUCAGUACAGGCCAUCCCCGUUUCUUCAACCAGCUGUCCUCAGGUCUGGAUGUGAUCGGUGUCGCUGGAGAGUGGUUGACCUCCACGGCCAACACCAACAUGUUCACGUACGAAGUGUCUCCUGUUUUCAUCCUGAUGGAGGAGGUUCUGCUGAGGAAGAUGCAAAGCAUUGUGGGAUGGUCCGACGAGGAGGGAGACGGACUCUUCUGUCCAGGAGGCACGAUAUCCAACCUGUACAGCAUCCUGGUGGCCAGGUAUCACUUCUACCCAGAGGUGAAGCGCAGAGGGAUGGCGGCGCUGCCCCGACUGGCCCUCUUCACCUCAGAGCAUAGUCACUAUUCAGUGAAGAAAUCUGCAGCUGUGUUGGGGCUGGGCAGCGACAAUGUGCUCGUGGUGAAAUGUGAUGAAAGAGGGAAAAUGAUUCCUGCUGAACUGGAGUCGUCCAUCGUUAGAGCUGAAGAAAAGGGUUUGGUUCCAUUCUACGUGAAUGCGACGGCGGGCACCACGGUGUACGGCGCCUUCGAUCCGCUCAGCGCCGUCGCAGACGUGUGCCACAGACACACACUGUGGAUGCAUGUUGAUGCGGCGUGGGGCGGAGGCCUGCUGAUGUCACACAGACACAGGAUGAAACUACAGGGCAUCGAACGAGCCUCGUCUGUCACGUGGAAUCCUCACAAGUUGAUGGGCGCGCCGCUGCAGUGCUCCGUCAUCCUGGUCAGGAAGAGAGGCCUCCUGCAGGAGUGUAAUGAGUCGGGGGCUGAGUACCUUUUCCAGACGGACAAACCGUACGAUGUGAGCUACGACACCGGAGAUAAGAGCAUCCAGUGCGGCCGACACGUCGACGUCUUUAAACUCUGGCUCAUGUGGAAGGCGAAGGGCUCACAGGGGUUUGGAUCUCAGAUCAACAGAUGCUUAGAGAACGCCGAGUAUCUCCACGAUCAGCUGCAGAGGAGGAGCGACUUUGAGCUGGUCUUUAAAGACAAGCCAGAGCACAGUAAUGUGUGUUUCUGGUACAUCCCCCCCAGUCUGAGAGGCCUGCCGCCUGGACCCGACCGAGACUCCAGACUCCAUCAGGUGGCUCCUCGGAUCAAAGCCAGGAUGAUGGAGAAGGGCUCCGUUCUGAUUGGCUAUCAGCCUUUGGGAGCAAGGGUCAAUUUCUUCAGGUGUGUGUUCUCCAACCCUGCCACGCAGCAGGAGGACGUCGACUUCCUGCUGGACGAGAUCGCCCGGCUGGGCCGUGACCUAUGACCCCUGAC